UUUUUAUUGUUUCUGACGGGAGAAAAUAUGCGGGCCUUUCGUCGGUUUGUCAACUCCACGCACACGCACAAUUAAACAGAAAUCCUUUCUUUCAGGAUUCAACUUGCCAGGAAUCAAUCAACCCCUUGUACCUGAUUCCCUAAUCAGUCAUCAAUAAUCUGAUUCACAACAAAUUGAAGAGCACGGGAAAGGUGGACUGCAUUUCAGAAUUGAGUGAACGUCAAUAUGAGUUUGGCUUGUCUUGUAUGCCAUGGUGUAGAAAGUCCAUCACAUUCCUUCAGAAGUUACUCAGUAUCAAGUUCAGACAACGAGGGACGAUGUUCUGCAGUUGCCAAUUGCUUGACUAGGAAGACUUCAUUUCCGCAUCCUCGAGCUAACCCUCGGAUUACACCAUCAAAAGUGAUGCCUCAACCCUCUGUCCAGAGUAACAUGGUCGCAGGCACCCCGCGUCUGGUCCGAAGCCAUGCUAUUAGACGGGACCUUGUGAGAGAUUGGAACUUCGAUGAAGUUAUGUUGGAGCGCUAGUCGAGAAACCAGGGAUAGGAAGAGAUCAAAGCAAACAAUCUAUUGUCACCUUCUAAACUCAAGAGGCGGAGCUUUGAGUUUAGUGUUUUCGUUUUUUCUUUGUUCUGGUUAAGUUACCGUUUGUGCGUAGCGAGUGUAUGCGCAUUUGUAAGAACGUUGAUGGAAUUUGACCCGAAACUUUUGUGUACAACUUUUAAUUUAUUUGCUUCCGUAAUUUUUCACUUCUUGUGUCACAAACAUUUUUAGCAAUACGGAAAAGUUAUUUUUCUA